CCAAAGAUGCUUUAACAUUGGCGCGUUGAAGAUCGAAGAAAAAGGUUUUAUUCGUGGCAAGGAAUAAUCCAAGAUUUAGGUGUUGUAAUAUUUAAUUUCAAGUGAAUAACUGGAGUGAUUGAUUUAAAUGAAAUAUAUUUAAGUGAUGAAGACAUCAUGAAAUGUUUUGCAAUUAUUUUGGUGCUUUCUACCAUCGCCUUUCAUGAAUAUUUGUGUUUAGGUCAAAUACCGAGCAUGAAUGAUGAACACUGCGUAUGGUACAAAGUCUGCGUUCGUAACAAAACAAAAGUGAAGAAUUGCGCUUAUGAUGGACCGCCAAAAAUUCUUGAUAGUGAGGGAGUAAACUUGUUAAAGAAAUGGUGUCCAAAUUUAAUACCAAAGAACAAGACUGAAGACGUUUUGACAUGCUGUGACAUUGAACAGAUCAAAGAUCUUGUAAAUGGUGUUGCAACAGCAGCCAGUAUCUUAAAUCGCUGUCCGUCAUGCUUCGCAAACUUCCUACAACCAAUCUGCGAAUUUACUUGUAGUCCACAUCAGUCAUCGUUUAUUAAAGUCGUAGAGAAGAAAAUUAAUACCUUAACGAACAGAACUUUUGUCAACGAAAUUGAUUUGUAUAUAACGGAAAAGUUCAUCAAUGGAAGUUACGACUCAUGCAAAAACGUAAACUUUCCAUCAUCAGGUCAAUUGGCUUUUGAUUUGAUGUGUGGUGCAUGGGGAGCAACAAAAUGUACACCAAAACGAUUAUUCCACUAUUGGGGAGAUGAAAGUGAAGAUUUCGUGCCAUUUCAAAUCAAUUACAUAAUGGCAAAUUCUACAGAUCCUAUAAAUGGUUUCAAACCAUUAAAUCCUCGUAUUGUGCCUUGUAAUGAAUCGAUUGAUGGUAUUACAUCACCGUGUUCAUGUAUAGAUUGUACUUCGACAUGUCCAAAAGCUCCACCAUCCAUGCUUCUUCAACAAAAGUUUACAUCUUUUUGGGACACUGACAAGUUUACUGUUUUCAUGUUUUUAAUCUAUUUAAUAUGCUGUGUAUUGUUUGUGAUAUGGUCAACAUAUUGUUUAAGCUCAAACAUCGCUACAAAAACAGGUUG